GGUCAGGUUACCUCCUCGGGUGCAUCUCCCGCUGCCUCUUCUUCUUCAGCUCAUGUUCCUGUGACGUCCAACUCCUCCUCCCUCCACCAGCCCCCUCCCCUCCUGAGACCCUCUCUGCCAGCCACGCCCUCGCUCCAUCGUCAGCCACCACCUCUUCAACAACAGGCCCGCUUCCUGCAGCCCCGUCCCACCCUGCAGCAGCCCCCGCCUCUCAUUCGUCCAUCUAAUCCAAUGCCUCCUCGCCUCAACCCCCGCCCUGCUCCCAUGAACCUUGGCGGUAACCCUGGAGUCUUAGGCCCCAACUCCACUCAGCAGUCCUCUGGCCCGGCUGCUCACCAGUCGGACACAGCUUCUUCUUCUACCCACUGAGUGACGUCACAUGGAGUUUAUAAACUAAAGCUACUGCAUUCACAUUUUAUGAUAAAGUUUGACAUUUUAAUUUUUUAAACCUACAAAUGUCAAAGGUUAGACAAAAUGAUAUUCUUCAUUUUUCAUAUUGUAUAUAGAAAGUGCUAAAAGUGAGCAGUUUUUUUUAACAGAAGCUUUUUUUCAGAAGUUGGAGUACAAGACACUCAGUUUUUGAAUUUAUAAUAACAAAACACAAACUAAAAUCAAACCUUGUUUUCAAGAAAUCAUCAAAUGUAUUGUGUGUGGUCUAGUCAAGUCAACUUUAUUUAUAGAGCACAUUUAAAACAGAACCUGUUAUCAAAGUGCUUAACAA